UGCGGAGGACACCGGGGCUGGAAGGGCGAGAGGCCGGAGGGGCAGUCGGGGGAGAAGCAAGAAAGCCGAGGCGGCCGGAGUCCCACACCACGCUCCCUCGUUCAGUCCAAAGGCAGUUUUGGGUUCGGCGCAGAGAAAGCUCGAGUCGGGCCUUUCCUCGAAAGCGGUCGCCCAGCCCUUGGCUUUCCGAGGACAAAGAGCACAGGAGGAUUUGCACGCUGGGGGCACUGGGGCCGGCCAUGGUCAUGGAGGUGGGCUCCCUGGACGCCGGAGGCCUGCGGACGCUGCUGCGGGAGCGCGCGGCGCAGUGCCUGCUGCUGGACUGCCGCUCCUUCUUCGCUUUCAACGCCGGCCACAUCGCCGGCUCGGUCAACGUGCGCUUCAGCACCAUCGUGCGGCGCCGGGCCAAGGGCGCCAUGGGCCUGGAGCACAUCGUGCCCAACGCCGAGCUGCGCGGCCGCCUGCUGGCCGGCGCCUACCACGCCGUGGUGCUGCUGGACGAGCGCAGCGCCUCUCUGGACGGCGCCAAGCGCGACGGCACCCUGGCCCUGGCCGCUGGCGCGCUCUGCCGCGAGGCGCGUGCCGCGCAAGUCUUCUUCCUCAAAGGAGGAUAUGAAGCUUUUUCAGCUUCCUGCCCGGAGCUAUGCAGCAAACAGUCGACCCCCAUGGGGCUCAGCCUUCCCUUGAGUACUAGCGUCCCUGACAGCGCUGAAUCAGGGUGCAGUUCCUGUAGCACCCCGCUCUAUGAUCAGGGUGGCCCAGUGGAGAUCCUGCCCUUUCUGUACCUGGGCAGUGCCUAUCAUGCUUCCCGCAAGGACAUGCUGGACACCUUGGGCAUCACUGCCUUGAUCAACGUCUCAGCCAAUUGUCCCAACCAUUUCGAGGGUCACUACCAGUACAAGAGCAUCCCGGUGGAGGACAACCACAAGGCGGACAUCAGCUCCUGGUUCAACGAGGCAAUCGACUUCAUAGACUCCAUCAAGAAUGCCGGAGGAAGGGUCUUUGUCCACUGCCAGGCGGGCAUUUCCCGAUCAGCCACCAUCUGCCUCGCCUACCUCAUGAGGACUAACCGAGUCAAGCUGGAUGAGGCCUUUGAGUUUGUGAAGCAGAGGAGAAGCAUCAUCUCUCCCAACUUCAGCUUCAUGGGCCAGCUGCUGCAGUUUGAAUCCCAGGUCCUGGCCCCACACUGCUCGGCAGAGGCCGGGAGCCCUGCCCUGGCUGUGCUCGACCGCAGCGCCUCCACCACCACCGUCUUCAACUUCCCAGUCUCCAUUCCCGUCCACCCCACGAACAGUGCGUUGAGCUACCUUCAGAGCCCCAUUACGACCUCUCCCAGCUGCUGAAAGGCCCCGGGAGGCGAUCUUCACAACCCCCCAGGCCUCCAGGCUCCUGGAGAGGAGAAAUGCAAUAACUCCGGGGAGGGGCUCGUGAGGGCUGGUCCUUAUUUAUUGAAUUUCACCCGAGUUCCACUGGGUUCCGAAGCCAUCACAGUGACGACUUAGCUUCGAGACGUUUGCUGGACUCAGCACAUUCGGGACCAAUAUAUAGUGGGUACAUGAAGUCCCUCUGACAGAAAGGGGCAGAAGAGAAAGGACUCUGUGAGCCGAUUUCUUUUUGCUUGCCACCGUUUUUUGUAGAAACUCUUCAUGCUUGACAUACCUACCAGUAUUACCAUUCCCGAUGACACAUAUACGUAUGAGAAUAUACCUUAUUUAUUUUUGUGGAGGUGAUCUGCCUUCACAAACGUCAGUGUCUACUCCUGGAAGAACCAAAUACCUCAAUUUUUGUGUUUGAGUACUGUAAUGCCUGUAAAUAUAUCCUAAGCAGGUUUGUUUUCAGCACUGAUGGAAAGCACCAGUGUUGGGUUUUUUUAGUUGCCAACAGUUGUAUGUUUGCUGAUUAUUUAUGACCUGAAAUAAUAUAUUUCUUCUUCUAAGAAGACAUUUUGUUACACAAGGAUGACCUUUUUAUACUACAGAAUAAAUUAUGGCAUUUCUAUUGAAA